CUGUGGACCGUACAGCAGCCAGAGAUCACUGCAGUGCAGCAGCCAACCAGCAGCAACAUGGAGGAAACGAUGACACAAGUCCACGGCUGUCAGACUGACCCCCUCCGCAUGGGCCCAUAAACAUGUCCACAGAUGACAGUAUCUCUGAGGAUGUGUCCAGCUCGGGGGCUUUAAGCCAUUGCCAUGUCAGCGCCGAUGGGGGUAAGGAGAGCGAGACCUCUUUGGUGUCCUCUGAGGGGACGUCGGCCUCUGGGCUGGCUGUCUCAGAGGGAAGACACACAACCUCCCAAACAACAGGAGGCACUGUGGAGAGCCGGCCCCUGGACAUCACACCAGCAUGCAACAAGAUCAGGAGUCUUUGUCUGAGCACAGAUGAAGCAUUUGAACAAGGGAAGAGCCUCCCAUUCAUCAACCCGAGCUCCCUUGAGACGCUUAGAGCUUUGGUGCAGGAGAUCCAGAGCAGCGGAGAGACCGACCCUGAGAUCUGGAAGGAUUGUGAGGGCCGAUGGUUGCAUCUGUUUCAGCUGGUUGAGAAGCAAUACCAAGAGCAAAUAGUCGCUCAGCAAGAACAAUACCAGUGCCAAAUACAGUUGAUUCAGGAUGAAAUUAAAGCUCUGGUUCAGCUCCAGAACCGCCAGGCCAGCAUCCAGCCGCACACGGACUUCUCUCCAACAUCGUUGACCAAAAGGACUCCAAACACAAAGGACUAUAUUCUCCCCCUCCUCUCCGGUGACUGCACACUCCUCAAAAAUGUGGCCAGUGACAAUGACCGCCUGGCAGCUCCUGCCCUUAUCCCUUGUUGCUCCCCUUAUUCCCCAACCAAGAGAUCACAGACCGCCAACCAGUCGGAGGAGCGGGCGACCACGCUGCUCAGCAGUGGGUACGGGACUCUGUCUACUUGGGAAACAGGUCUGGAACCAGCCGGGUCUCCGGGGGAGGAUGAGGAAGGUUUUCAGGGGAGGGAGAAGCAUCAUUGGUCCCCUAACCUCCAGGAGGAUCCAGAGACAAAUGUGACUGGGGGCCAGCAGGAUUUUUCUCCUGUGAGGACUCUGGGAGUGGAUGAAACUAACCCUCUAGACUACCAGCAGAGAACCUCUGGCACCAGCCAGCUUUUGACCUCCUGGGCCCAGAGGCAGAAACUCAGGCCCAAGAAGAGCAAAGCAGGACCGGCUUCAUCCCAAAACCCCGAGUACGAGGAGCAGCCACUCGGCAUCAGAGAAUCCCACAAACAAACCCCCCCAGAGAGCUCAGACCUCCAAGACCAGCAGCGACCGUCCGGGCCUCCGUCCAGCUCUUUCCCCCUGAGGAGGAGUGACAGCCUGAUGUCUGAGGCGUCAGGUCUCACUUAUUGGCGUCUGACUGAGAGUGAGCUGUAUCACCCGCUACCGGACAGCUUCGACAGCGGCGCUUACCUCCUUCUGCAAGAGGCAUCCCUGAGUCUUACUCCGUCUCAGGAGCCUCGUCUGUCUCUCAAAGAGAUCUACCAGAACAAGCACAGAACAGAUUGUAAACGCUCGGACUGGGAAGGCUCUGUGACAUCCAGUCCUUCCUCACCACAGGUGUUGACUUUGGACCCAGCAGCAAACCAGCGGCACUCGGAUAGAACCUCUGGCUUCACGUCGCCCUCUCACUUCAGCAGCCCUUCCUUCGCCGCUCAGCCCCACCACUACCCCCAAGUAGGGACCCCUGUGACCCCUGACAGCAUGGUGGAGGGCAGUCCAAACCCCGGGGAUACGGACUGCAUCUCUGACUCCUCCAGUGCUUCAGCUGCCGGACCUUCCCCGUCUAACGGUCAAAACUUUUGGGGAAACGGGUCCCAGGCCGCCCCGUUUACCCUCCAUGGUAAUACCCAGACCGGCUCCCACACAUCCAGCCAGCAACACGGAGCCAGCGCCCCCUUGGCCAGCGAGGAGGAGGGCAGCCACACCCACACCAGCACCCUGAAGCCCCGUUCAGCCUCCGGUGCUUCUCAGCGGCCUGCAGCCGGUCCACACAUGGAGAGAGCUUCAUCACUGGAGGAUCCGGUCGUCCUUUCUCUACUGAGGCAGAACCUGAGAGAGAAGCACUCUCGACACGUGGCUGAUCUGAAAGCGUAUUACGAGUCUGAGAUUCAAAUGCUGAGAGACAAACUGAAACUCAGAGAUCUGCCCCGGGAUCUAGAGAAGAGCAACCAGGCGCUCACAGAGAGGUGCAAACAUCUAGAGAAAGCGCUGUCUGAGGCCACCGGUCACAUUCAAGAACUCGAGGCAACAAACAGCUUGUUGGAGAAAAAACUGGCAGAGUGGCCGGAGCGGUAUGCCGUCGCGGGUGCUGCCGUGAAAUCCUUGCAGCAACGACUGGAAGAAAGCAAACGUUCGGGCAAAGAGAAGGACGCCCUGGCAGCAUGUUUGAAGGCCCACGUCCGUCAGCUGGAGGAGGCGGCGCAGAAAACCAACAGGGAGGCAGACGAGAGGGAGGGGAGGAGGGAGAGAGAGUACAAGAUGCUGCAGGAUCUGCUCAGAGAAUAUGACUCUCUGGUGAAGGAUCACGAGGGAAUGAAGAACAACCUGGUGUCGACAGAGAACAAGCUCGCCGAUGCCACAGAUCAGAUCUCAGAACUGAAGAGAGUGAUCUCCAAACUGGAGUCUCAGGUGAAGCAGCUGGAGCACGAGAACCAGGCCAGGGCUCGGUAUUCUUCCCACAAUAACACACAACCGUCCGGGGCUGGCCUCUUCCACCACCCUGACCUGCUGAUGUCACCCAGUAAACGCACAGCAGAGCCAGACGUCACCCGCAGAAAGUCCCCCUCCGAGCAGCUGAACAGCAGCAGAAAAUCCCCAUUCCCUCAAACUAACCAAUCGAGUAUCCACAAGAGGUCACGGCAUUCAUUAAAUGAUCAAUCAUCAGUAACAGGAAGCUCUUUGGACUCCUCUACAGCUGGUGUUAGCUGGAGGUGUGCGUCUCCCCCGGAGUGUGAACAAGCUCCGCCUCCGCAGCGACACCAGGAGCCGAGCCAGCGGGAGGCCGGACGCAGGGAGGGGUCCUGCUCCCUGACGCCCAUGAUGAGGGCCCUGAUACAGCUGGAGGAGACCCGAGCCACAGAGAGCCGGGCCCCCUGUAAGAACAGCUCCACCACCCUCAGGGUCGGCAAUCAGAGGACCACCGUCGGGUUCGUGGAGCGGAGACACAAAGAGGUGAUUCAGGAGCGAGGCGGGCUUCAGGCGGACCGGGAGGCGGUUAAACCCGGAGGAGCGGCAGCCAGAGCUGAGCGAGGAGGAGGAGGAGGAGGAGGAGGAAGAGGAGGAGCAGCAGCGAAAAGAGCUGCAGCUCUGCUGAGAGCUCAGAGGAGUUUGUCUCCAGACGGCCACAGAUCUGCAUCACUGCCUCCUCCAGAACAUCGAAACAAACACCCAACCACGCCCACAAAGAGAGGAACGUUACUGAUGCCCAUGUCUGCUAAGUCCAGUCCUAAACGCUGCCCCACUGAGAACUACUCCACUGCUUUUGGUCACCUGAUGCCGAGAGAGGAACACGUGCACAACAGGACUGAUGGACAAGCUGACCAGAGACGUCAUUCAUUCAACAGCAGCAGUCCCAGGAAGAGACUCCAGUUCACGUCAGACAGAGAAGAUGACCUCCAGCGAACCGAGUCGUCCCGCAGCAUGAACCCACCGGAGGGAGGCUCCCAGCUGGGCUGGGAGGACCAGGGAGUCUGUGCUGGAUCCGACCUGCGGGACUCCCGCGAGGACUCGUCUCCGCUCCUCGUGGACGGAAUCCACUCGCUGGCUGAGGCCGAGAAACUGUUUGAUGAGCUGACGCAGGAGAAACUGCAGAUUGAGGCCGCUCUGAGCCGGAUGCCUGGAGCAGGAGGGAGAGUGACUCUGCAGACCAGGUUAGAUGAGGUGGCCUUAGAGAAGCGUCUGGAGAGACUGAAUCGUGAGCUGGGAUCCAUCCGCAUGACUCUGAAGAGAUUCCACGUCCUCCGCUCGUCUGCCAACAUAUAGCAAUGUCUGUCCUUUACAUCACAGCGUAGAUGAUGCUACAACCUAGUGUCUUGGUUUUAUACACUGAAACACCGAUUGUCUCCAUGUGCCAUAAGUCCAUCUGUACAGUAUCUCCUCCACGCCAUCUUUUUAUACGUAUUACUCUGGGAUAUUUUUUAUAUGUUGGAAAGAUAUUGCAAUUUUAUGGAGUCUAUUUUUAGUAAUGCACAGAUUUGUAAUAGUUAAUUACUUUUUUAGUCACAGAAAUAUUAAUAUAAUAUGUUUUACUUGCCAUAUUCAGGUGUAGAUUUUUAAAAAAUCUGCUAUGUGAAUGAUCAAAAAGGCUUUCCAGCAGAGACAUUCAUCCACUUUGGAAAUACCACUGCCAUUUGUUCAUGUGUUUAUGGACAUUUUUAUAUGUUUAUUUUAUGUUUCUGUACGUAUUUUACAUGUUUAUUUUUUUUCUAUUUGUUUUGGGCCAAAUUUAUCAAACUUGAAGGAAAUAUUUUAUGUUUCUGUACAUAUUUUACAUGUAGUAAAGUAUAUUUUUUUCUGUUUGUUUUGGGCCAAAUUUAUCAAACUUGAAGGAAAUAUUUUGUUUACUUGAAUCAAUCGCCUUUCUUCAUUGUUUAUCUUUUCAUUCCUACUUGCCACUUUCGUUUCAUUGUGUUUCAUAUACAGGACUGGAUGAACCGGAUCAGAGCCACUUGUAAUAUCCAAACCAGCACACUUUUUCAGUAGACAAACACACAAACAAACACAUCUCAGUUGGUGGUUUCUCUAGCGAUGCUUGUGCAUGGAAUUUCUUGCACUGCUUCCUUUUUGCCAUGCAGUCUAUUUCCCCCUACCAGACAGGAACUUCACUGGAACUAUAAUGUUGUUGUUGCACAAUAAAUGAAGCUUUUCUUUUUGAUAAUAACAAGUAUUCUUCAUCCUAUUAUUAUGGCUGACAAAUGUAUUAUUCCCAUUGUGAAACAGCGCAGUGAUUCAUUGCUUUGAAGUCAAAGGAGUUACACGAAUCUCACCGAAGCGGUGCGAUAUGACACAGUUGAUAAUUCACUUUCUGGUCUGAACACACCUUUUUAAAUGGUUAAUUUAAAUAUAAGAAAUAUGUUUUAAAGGCAA